AUGGCUACUACGGGUGGUUCAUAUACAGGAGCAAGGGCACACCUAUUAAAACUACCAGGAAAGGGAAUUGGUGUUUGUAAGAAAAUUACAAGUCAAAAACUUUCACAAUUGCAAAAUGAGAAUGAUGCUGCUGAAUUGAGAAUUAAAAAUGCUUAUCCCAAAAAUGUACCACUGCCCCCUUCUAGUGUAUCAAUUGGUAGUAGUUGUGCUUAUGAAUCAAAGAAAAAGAGCACAUGUGCAAGUGGGAGUGGAAGUGCGCUUGGGAGUGGGAGUGGGAGUGGGAGUGGGAGUGCUAUUGAGAAAGCAUUCAACAUGAAGGAUAGAGAGCAAUUACAUUUUGAAAUUGCUAGGAUGGGCACAUGGAAGGAAAAAGGGGUGAGCAUUGUUAGUUAUGGUUGGAGUGAUUCUCAAAGGAGGUCUUUGAUUAAUUUUAUGGCGGUGAGUGAAAGUGGGCCUAUGUUUAUUAAGGCAGUUGAUUGUUUUGGAGAAACUAAAGACAAAUAUUUUAUUGCAAAUUUGAUGAAAGAAGUGAUUAAUGAGGUUGGGGCUAGUAAUGUUAAAGUCAUCACGGAUAAUGCUCAUAAUUGUAAGGCAGCUGGACAACUCAUUGAAGCUCAAUUCUCUCAUAUUCUAUGGACUCCUUGUGUAAUGCACACAUUAAAUCUAGUUUUGAAAAAUAUUUGUGCGGCAAAGAAUAUUAAGAGGAAUGAGGUCACAUAUGAAGAGUGUAGUUGGAUUAGUGAUAUUGCCGGAGAUGGUUUGAUGAUUAAGAAUUUUAUCUCUAAUCACUCAAUGCGAUUGGCUAUGUACAAUGAAUUUGUGUCAUAG